UGAAAAAAAGCCCCGGUGGGCGUUUGGAGGCAGAACUGCGGUGCCGGCCCCAGCGAAGGGAUCCUCCCGCGGGAGUCGCGAAACUUUGCGCCCGGGGCCGGGCGGCGGAGCGGAGCGGGGCCGGGCGGCGGAACGGUGCCGGGCGCGGAACGCGGGGCGCGGGGCGGCGGCGCGGGGCCGCUCCAUCACUGACGCCGGCGGGACGGCCCUCUCCCCUCUGUGCCCGCAGGAGGAACCGCGGGUAGGCUCCACGCCGCUGGCCAUGCUCGCCGCGACCUGCAACAAGAUCGGCAGCCCAAGCCCCUCGCCGUCCGCCCUUUCGGACAGCACGUCCUCCUUCGGCAAAGGCUUCCACCCCUGGAAACGCUCCUCCUCCUCAGCCUCGGCGGGCAGCUGCGGCGCCGUGGGCUCCGGCCUCCCGGGCUUCGGUGUGGCGGGCGCGGCGCGGAACGGCUCCUCGGCGGCGGCGGCAGCGGCGGCGGCGGCGGCGGCCGCCCUCGUCUCGGACUCGUUCAGCUGCGGCGGCUCUCCGGGCUCCAGCGCCUUCUCCCUCACUUCCAGCAGCGCGGCGGCCGCCAGCUCGCCCUUCGCCAACGACUACUCCGUCUUCCAGGCGCCAGGCAGCGCCGGUGGCGGCGGCGGCGGCGGAGGCGGCGGCGGUGGGGCGGCAGGACAGGAGGCGGCGGCGCACCAGCCCGUCUUCAUCUCCAAGGUGCACACGUCGGUGGAGGGGCUGCAGGGCAUCUACCCGCGGGUGGGCAUGGCGCACCCCUACGAGUCCUGGUUCAAGCCCUCGCACCCGGGGCUCGGCGCCGGAGAGGUUGGCUCAGCGGGCGCCUCCAGCUGGUGGGACGUGGGCGCCGGCUGGAUCGACGUGCAGAGCCCCAACGGGGCGGCCGCGCUGCCAGGCUCGCUGCACCCGGCGCCCGGCGGACUCCAGACCUCGCUCCACUCGCCACUGGGCGGCUACAACUCGGAUUACUCGGGCCUGAGCCACUCGGCCUUCAGCAGCGGCGCCUCCUCGCACCUCCUAAGCCCCGCCGGGCAGCAUCUCAUGGACGGAUUUAAGCCGGUGCUGCCCGGCUCCUACCCGGACUCGGCCCCCUCGCCGCUGGCCGGCGCCGGGGGCUCCAUGCUGGGCGGCGGCCCCGCCGCGCCGCUGGCCGCUUCGCCGCGCUCCUCCGCCCGCCGCUACUCGGGGCGCGCCACCUGCGACUGCCCCAACUGCCAGGAGGCCGAGCGGCUGGGGCCGGCGGGGGCCAGCCUGCGCCGCAAGGGGCUGCACAGCUGCCACAUCCCCGGCUGUGGCAAGGUCUACGGCAAAACCUCGCACCUGAAGGCGCACCUGCGCUGGCACACGGGCGAGCGGCCCUUCGUCUGCAACUGGCUCUUCUGCGGCAAGCGCUUCACCCGCUCCGACGAGCUGCAGCGGCACCUGCGGACCCACACGGGCGAGAAGCGCUUCGCCUGCCCCGUCUGCAACAAGCGCUUCAUGCGCAGCGACCACCUCAGCAAGCAUGUCAAGACCCAUAGCGGCCCCGGAGGCGCCGGGGGUCCCGGCGGCGGCGGCCCCGGCGGUGGCCCCGGCCCCGGCGGCAAGAAGGGCAGCGACACCGACAGCGAGCACAGCGCGGCCGGCAGUCCGCCCUGCCAUUCCCCAGAGCUGCUGCCACCCCCCGAGUCCGGCCACCGCAACGGCCUGGAGUGACAGGCGGAGGCUCGGGGCCGUCGCGCCCCCCAGUCCCGCCGCCCUCCUGGUCGCGCACCCCCCUCGAGCGCGCAGCCCUGCGGCGGGGACGCGGACACGUAAGUAGCUGGCACGGCUCCGCAAGAACAGCGCUCAGCCUCGCGGCCGCUCCGCUGCCCUCCCGGAGCCCCGCACGGUGCUGGCGGUGAGGCCGGGCCGCGCAACCCCGGCGACGGGGGCAGGGGAGCGGCUCGGCAAGGGCGGAGAGCCGCGACCCCCAUGGGGCGGCCCCGCCGCCGCCUCCUUUCCCCUUCGCCUUGAGACCCCCCCGCCUCGUGUUGCUUUUAGAGCGGAAAAAACACCCACGUCCCCUCUCGCUUUGCUG